AUGGAUCCGGUAGUUGCGUCGCUCGUCGCUCUGCUGGUGACAAAUGGGACCUCGGUGCUGGACUGCACCUGCGUCCACCUCAACGACAUGGCCGACCGCGAAAGCCACUGGCUACACAGAGUCAGCGACGGCGAACUAGACAUAUGGAAGCACCAAUGUCAAUAUUUCGGACGCUACCUGGUGACCGGAACGUGUGGGGUCCUGAAGCCGCCGUCGGCCGCGUUGUCAGCUGUGGCGCGCCAGGCAGCCAGCUUCCCGACCUACGGACCCCCGCAGCCGCCUGCAGGAGGGGGGCAGCGAGGGGGGUGCGUCGGCGCCCUGGCGGGUCUCCACAGCCUCACGUUUUUUGAGUUGCUCGAAUUCCGCAAGGAGUACUACUGCCGGAUCGCUGCCGAUUGUAUCGACUCGAGCUCUGUACUGAGGUGGAAUAAUACGGAAUGGAACGUGACAACGCUGCAAACGGAUGCUCUGAGGCACCGUGUCUUGUCCCAGUCACUGCAAGCUGUUCGGCGCAUCACAACAGCCAUAACCGCCAGGCAAACGUGUGAGCUCAACCAUCGGCCAUAUUUUAAGAUGACGUACUUGAACAAAACUGAACUGCAGGCCCACGCAGCGGACUACCUGGGACGCCUCUCCAACUUCUGGAGAGACUUGGCGCAGCUGGUCUCACUCAGUGCAACUCACGUCUCACAGCUGUUGGUUCCUCUCGCAUUCGAACACAUGGGUAAAAACACGAGUGAUCAGCGACUCCACCGUUGGAUUAAGGACGUGGAACGUGUGAAGGACAUACUGCACACGAAAUUAACAGGAUGGGUACAUGACAUGCAAUACGUCAGCAAACAGAUGCUGCGCUACGAGGUAGAAGAAGAUAAAGACACGCCUGGGGACUUUAAAAUCAGGGGGCCGCUGUUGAAUGCUGACCUACUGCGCUAUCAGUCGUGGCUCCUUUCCUCUCACGACGGCGUGCUGUGCAAGGAGCGGCAGCCGGAGGCAUCGGAAAUGUUCAGUCUCGCUGAGGCGCUGUACACCUUCUACCGUACCUACUGGUACCCUGCAGCAACGCUCCUAACCCCACGCUACGAAUAUCUUAUCGACAUUGUAGAUGAGGAGUGGCAGCUGGAGGACACUAGCAAUGUCACACUCUCCGUGGACACUGACUGCGUGCAGCUGUUGGCGAACGCCCUGGACCACCCCAUAUGCCCGCUGGAAGACCUGCCACCGGAGACCGUCAAGCAGCGCGAGCGGUGCCGCGUGCAGCUGUGGGACGACGUGGUGCAGAGGUCGCCCCACAUACCCGUCACCAGCUACCUGGCCUACACGCAGAGGGUAGAUGUCAACCUCUGUCUGCUGGCCUGGAUGGCGGUCAACUCGUACAGCAUUUGUCAGGGCGUCCCAUUUAGCAUGAUGCAGUCCGUGCACGAUGCUCGCUGCUAUUUCGAUAGUCCUGACGACCAGUCGUGUCUGGAAUCGAAAGCUACAGACGCCAUCUGCUCUGUUUCCAGAGCUCUUCUGUUGCUGAAGUGUCGCGAUUUUUCUUCCUUCGAGACUUUCAGGACGUGUUCCAUCAGACUUCACUCAGAUGGGUGGUACAAUGAUGCUGUUGAGCCGUGGGGCGAAUUUCAUGUCGAAGGGUAUCCAACAGAAAAGACGCUUAACUACAAAAACAGUUUAAACAACGCCACCUUGAAAUACAAGCAUUUCAAAAUCGAGAGCUUAAAGUCUUUAGAAAUUUCAUUUAUAUCGGUAAAUAUUAUUUUUCGCAUUUCGACUGCCGGAAUAUACGUGUACUUUCCCCACUUACGUAACUUGCCUGGAAAGAUCCUCUUGUCCUUCCAGAUCACGGGCAUAAUCCAGAUCCUGUGUUCUGAGGUUGUUUAUCGUAUGGCAGGCGUCCCAGACUUAUCUACGAUGGUACUGAUCGAUAGCGCCCUCACACUCCUCAGCUGCAUCUGCCUGAACUCAUUCUGCUACCAGAUGUAUGCUUGUGUUCGUCACCUCAGGCUUCCUAACCAGCUACUACCUGCUGAAGUAAGCAAGUUAUUCCGUCGUGAGGUGCUGUAUGUGCUUAUACCGUGGAGUAUAGUAUGUGUGGCAGCUGUUGCUUUGGAGAAGACAAGUAAAUAUUACCUGAUGCACAGUCGUAUAAUAUUCCUUGUGGGAAUAUCACUGUCAGUGGCUUUUAAUUUAGUUUGCCUCGGACUGGUGGGCUACAUGUACUUACGCACUCGGUAUUCCAUGCGACGACUCAGAAUUGUUGGUAACAAUAAAUUUGCCUCAAAGAAACAAUAUACUUUUAUGUCAGUUAAGGCCAUUAUAUUAAGUGGGAUCGGCAUCAUGAUUAGAAUUGGGUUCCACCAGGCACAAGGCAUUGCGCAAUUUGUGUACUAUGCACAUAUAGUUACGAUGGUGCAAGGACCAGUACUGUUCGUCUGUUUCGUCUGUAACGGAACGACGCUCCCCGUAGUGAAGAACAGGCUACUAUCGUUGUGGAACCCAACUAUCAUCGGUCCAGGACGAGAGUUGUGUUCGGCAGCUGAGAGGAAUCUGGCCAGGAGAAACAACGAACACUCUCUGGCUGUGGAAUCCCCGCUGUAGCCUCCUUGAGUAGUUCCUCAAAUAGCUAAAGCUAGUAGUCAGGUAUGGAGGUGGAGUGUACCUAAUACGACAAAAUUAAAUGCA